CGGUGGUGACCCACGCGUACGAUUCCGUCCAGCCUUUUACAUUUGCGCUCAUACUUCCGACUGCGCUCAGCAUACAUGGAAAACGAUUUCGCUUUGUGAAUGUCCGCCGGGAACAGCUCAUAAAUUGCACUCACAAAAAAAACAGUUCACUUCGUAACUAUGUUUUGAUACAAGUCGAAAAUGUGAUUUUUCUCGAGGGUAUAUAGAGUCGUAAAAUGGUUUUGGGACCCAGCGUCUCCACAAGGAAAUGGGAGUUUCUGCAUUUAUGGGGACAUGAAUCUAUGUUCCGGGGGCCCGAUGCCUGUGAUGGAGGAAGUAGAAAUCAGCGGCAGUGAGAGCAACAGCAUGCCGAAGAGGAUUGCUCUCAUCUGCUUCCUUUCUCUGGUGAUGCUCAUGAGUGUCCUGGGGAACCUCCUGGUCAUGACAGCUGUCUGCAAGGACCGCCAGCUCAGGAAAAUCAAGACCAACUACUUCAUAGUAUCGCUCGCCUUUGCAGACCUGAUGGUGUCGGUGCUGGUGAUGCCGUUUGGUGCCAUAGAACUGAUUCACCAGAACUGGAUUUAUGGAGAAACCUUCUGCCUGGUCCGGACAUCUCUAGAUGUACUGUUGACAACGGCCUCCAUAUUACACCUAUGUUGCAUAGCUUUGGACAGGUACUAUGCCAUCUGCUGCCAGCCACUGGUCUACAGGAAUAAGAUGACACCACUGAGAGUGGCUCUUAUGUUAGGAGGAUGCUGGGUAAUCCCCACCUUUAUAUCCUUCCUACCCAUAAUGCUAGGAUGGAACAGUAUCGGAAUAGACCAUUUGAUAGAGGAACGGAAGUUCAGCGGUGAUGCAGCCAACUCGACGGCGUGUGUCUUCAUGGUCAACAAGCCCUACGCUCUGACGUGUUCCGUGGUGGCCUUCUACAUCCCUCUGGUUCUGAUGGUACUGGCUUACCAGCGUAUCUAUGUGACUGCACGGGCGCACGCUCGACAAAUCGGCGUGCUGCAGCGGGCAGGGGGUGCUGCCGCCUCGGCAGACAGCGCCGACCACCAGCGCAACCACCGGAUGCGUACGGAGACAAAGGCGGCCAAGACUCUGUGCAUCAUCAUGGGCUGUUUCUGCCUGUGCUGGGCCCCCUUCUUCAUCACAAACGUGGUGGACCCCUUCAUAAGCUAUACAGUUCCCGACCAGCUGUGGGCAGCGUUCCUGUGGCUGGGCUACAUUAACUCCAUGCUCAAUCCCAUUCUCUAUGCCUUCUUGAACAAGUCCUUCCGCCGUGCCUUCCUCAUCAUCCUCUGCUGUGGGAGAAAGCGUUACAGCGUCAGGCGGCCAUCCAUACUAGAGCCAGGGCCCCCCUGCUCGGCCACACAGAUCAACGGCUCCACACAUGUGCUCAAGCUACAAGUUCAACAAAACGGUAUGCUGCCCUGCACAACGGAAACCAUCUUGAAAAGGAAAAGCAGUCGUUGCAAAAAGAGGACAUGGAGUCGCCGGAGUCCUGCUUCUGACAACCACAGACAGUCAGACAGGCACUACCCUGUGCAAUCUGAGACAGGGACUGGGCCAGAACCAGCCCUAGAGGGAGUCAUUCUAAGGCAGCCUCUCCCACUGAGAGACCACCAAACCAACAACAUGUUUGGACUGAAUUCUUAGUAGCGGGAUCGAUUAUGGACUGUGGAAUACUUUAAGGUGAAUAAUGUUGCCAAAGCUAUUUGAUAUUAACUUUGUUUUAAGAUGUGUCGUUUCGUAUUUCCUUUGCUUAGAAAAGGAAGAAAAACACUCAAUCUUUCUGAUCCACUAUAGCUAGCUCUGUUAGUUAACGGAUGUUCCAGUAAUGCUUUGUGUUAUCUGUCACCAAUAUAAACAUUUCAAUAAGCUUUAUUGAUCUAAGGAGGUGCAAUUUCACACAGGCACAGAGGGCUCAUAACCCCUUCAUUUGGAAUUAAGUAUUAACUUGAAAAUGUUCUCAUUUUAUUCAACUUCAGGUCUCUUAUCUCUCUCUGUCAUUGGUGCCCUAUACUCAAUCACUAUCAGCCUAGAUCCCAUAACUUUCCUUUGAUGCUUUGCAUAAUCUUCAAAAGCUGAAAGUGAUAAAGUAUUUUAGCACACCCACGGUAUGGUAUGUGAUGAAAUAAUUCAGCCCCUGAAGUGUAUUAUUAGCUACUACACUUCAUAAAUGAUCCCUUCUCUCUCAUGACUCCUCUCUCAGAUGUCGACAAAGAUGGACCGUGCAAUAAGAUGGACGUGUUUUUAAAGAUUAUGGUUGCUGAAGCAAUUUAAUCUUGGUCACAGUAUUUUGCCUCCUACUGAUGUGUGUUGUCUACUACAGUACGUGCAUACUACGUACAGUAUGUGGGUGCAUGCUUGAGAUCAUGUCCUAUACUUCAUGAAGGGCCCCUCUCAACACCACGUGUUCAGUCUAGUCCACAGCAACAUCCCAUUUCUUAUGCAUUACGAACAGUAGUCCGAAAACAUUUGCUAGAGUGUACUACAAUUUUCCGGCAUUUUGUAUUCAUGAACAAUCCAAGGUAUCCCUUGAAAUGUAUAUUUACCUGCACCUGAAAUGUGAACAUUGACUUUCUUUUCCUGUUCCAUUCCAAAGCAAACCAUUCCACUUGCUGAAUCCUUCAGUAGGCUACCAAUGAUGACUAGCUUGUUUAAAAGGCAAUCGCCACCAAAGCCAGCAUUUCAUUUUCAAUAAGUCACCAAAUAGAGGCUCAAUGGUUCAGUUAAUAACAUUCUGUCCAAAACACUGGGAAUAUUUCCUUUCAGAAAACAAUGCAAAGAAAUCAUACAUAGUCAUAUACAGCAGGAUGUAAAGAAAACCAACUGCAUUUUCCCCAUACACUCAACUUUUAAACACACAUUCAAGUGACGUCUCCCAGCAACUUAAACAAAAUGACACUGUUGAUUGAACUUCCUGAUGAAAUGUCCAAUCUUAAAGGGGCAGUGCAGUCAAAAACAUUAUUUACCAUUUUUUUGUAUAAUAUUUCCAGACUAUCAGGUCGAAAUUACACCCUGAAAUUGUGAAAAUUAUGAAAAUGCCCUUUAAGUGUAAGCUUUUUGAAGAAAAGCCAGCAGACACUAUGCCCUCCAUGGAAUGAGUUUGACACCUCUACCCUAGAGUCUAGACCAGAGUUUCCCAACCCUCUCCUCAGAUGUUUCACAUUUGAGUUUUAAACCUAAACUACCACAUCUGAUUCAAUUAGGCAAAGGUGUGAGGAUUAGUUGACUAAUUGAAUCAGGUGUGCCAGUUUAGAGUUAAAACAAAAAUGUGAGAGGGUUGGGAAACCCUGGUCUAGAUGAUCCAAUCAGAUGUGUCAGUACAUCCACACGAUCAGUCUGAGCAUUUCAAUUGCAAAAGAAGGCUCAGGGAAAUAAAUGAUAGACAAAUAUAUUUUGAUUUACAACCAUGAAAUAAACACUCAGUGAUUUAUUAGACACUGAGUGAUGAUUUAAAAACAUCAAAUGAAAAAGACUGCAUGAGGCUUUAAUAGAAAGCCCAGCAGAGGAUCCUGUUUUUGUAAUGUACAUGUUGAUACAUAAAUAUCGGAAUGACCAUUUAAGUUGUCUCUGAGUGGGGUGUUUGGGGCAAGGUUGAGUGUGUUACGCAGUGUCCAGUAGCAUUAAGCCAUAAGUCAUUAAAUCCAUCCUGUCUUCCUCCUUACAAAAUGUCAGUCACUCCCUCCUUCCCUCCUGUCCUUGGACUCAAUCUUUCCCAUGAAGAUUUUUGAAGUGGAUUUAACAAGUCACAUCAAUAAGGGAUCAUCGCUUUCACCUGGAUUCACCUGGUCAGUCUGUCAUGGAAAGAGCAGGUGUCAAUAAUGUUUUAUACACCCAGUGUAGGCAGAGCCUUUACAGUGCUAUACUCUUCUGGAACAGAUUUUAAACCAAUGUUGUUUUUUUCAUGCUCCUCAAAAAAAGCUAUUUAUCUCAGACUGUGACCUCUUCAUAAUUGAAGCACUAGCACUUUAGUAAUAUAUAGAUAAUGAUGUAAAAAAAAAAGUAUUUUCAUCAGUUGAUCGUCCACGACCAAUUUUAUAAACAAAGGUAUUUUGAUCACUUAAAUGAUUUCCUUUCCUUUUCAUUCAUCCUGAAGAUUUGAUUUUGUAUUGUAUUUUUGAUUAUACAUUCAGACAAGUCUGUAGUGCAUUAUUUUGGAUACAAAGGAAAAUGCCACAUGUACAAUCCAUGAAGACCCAUUCUAAUGAUAUAAUAAUCCAAAUAGUCUCAAAUCGUUCCCUUUGUGAGUGGGACUUUACUUGCUUACAGUGCAAACAAUGCAACAUAAUGUUUGUCCAUGAACAAUCGUAAAAUUGAAUUUGUAUAUCUUUGUUUGUGUUUCCUUUUUCAGGAAUUUAAUUCAGCCAAUUAAGAAGAUGAUAUAUGCAUUGUACUUCCAGCAUAAUUAAGGCUUAUAUUUCUGGGAUUUUAAAGUGUACAUAGAUGAAUAUUCUUCAGCAAAAAAAGUGGGAUAUGAGUCUGUCUCUUCAGUGAGCUUGAACAAAGCAAUUAUAAUGGCUUUAUAUUCUUCAUUUCAGUAGCUCUGCUGGCCUAUCCUUCCAGCACAGUAUAAUGAUAAAGCCUGAACAUGUAAGCCACCAUAUACUACAGUACACAUGUGUAUGCAUAGUUACAUACAGCUGUUUUUUUAUGUUCAUAAACCUUGUACAUCACAACAUUUUAUUGCUAGUUUUCAAUUGACGUGGCCAGCAUAAUAAUUUCACCCAGACUCCAAAGGAGGGGGUUACCCUUCAUGUCUUGUUUGUGAUAAUAGAUGUGCUGCGUAUAUAAUCCCCUGGGCCCGGCAGUUUCCAUGACACCUGGAAUAUACAUCUCUGUGAUCAACAUGUAUGGUACAUUAUGUGUUGGUGGUUGAAAGUCCAGAAUUAGAACACAACCUGUGGAGAUUUAAGAGAAAACCACCUGCGGUAAUAACAUAACUUUCACCAUUUACUUUAGUUGCACCCCUAAGGUAGAUUUGAAAGGAGAACCGUCAACUACCUAAUUUUAUACUGUAUAGUCAGAUACCAGUUACACAAUAUGCAGCCUAAUUAUUUAUCAGACGUUUUAAAAACAGACGUGAUACUAGGAAUGGUACAGUAAUACAUUGUACUUUCCCUGUGAAUAGUCCUGUAGGACCUCCUUUAGUCCUUGUUGAAUUACAUACACGUAGAGUUGGGACAAUCAACCAAAAAUGAUCGACACCGACCAAGGCAUUUCGUCCAUUAGGAUAAGUAGCCUAUACUAGAGAAAUGUGGAGUUUGACAUGAGUUUGCUAAUAUGGGUGAUUGUUAAUGGAACAGUUGAUGGCUACAACCAUCAAACUAGUAGUAAUAUUUUAAAGCAGGGAUCCCCAACCUUUUCUAGCAUGAGAGCUACGUUUAAAAAUAAAUGUAUUAUGUCACCAGUUACACAAUAAAUUAUUGGUUUCAAAUAGACACAUUAUCAUUUUUUCCUCUCACCUGCAGCUCUUCCUUGGGUCCUUAGUGUACAAGAGAAAGUAAUUCCUUAUGUUUUUUGUCAAUAUACCUGGUAAAAUAAUGGUUUAUAAACUACUCUAAGCGGGGCCCUUAAAAAUCAGAUUUUUUUCUUCACAAAAAUUCUGUUUUAGAUUUUCCUAAAAUUACAUUGCUUUAUUUUUCACUUUGAAAAUGCCUAUUGUUUAUAGAGAAACAACAUUGGAUGUUCUGAGCUUAAAUCACAUGACUUUUUUUUUUAGGCGUGGAAGAAAUUUAUAUUUUUGAUUGUAAUUCCUCUUUAAUUGCGCAUCUGGUGACUGAGGAAUGUGCCGGUCUAAAAAUGGUUCUGUACUGCUGCUUCUCAAUUCAUGACAAAGUAUAUCAUACAAAUUACAGUAUAUACUUACUUCUGCCAGGUAAGCCAGCUUUGCGGUUAACAUUUAAUUGAGAAUGUUUUGGGGGGAGUUGUAUAUAGCAUACUUCAGAAUUGUUUGAAGAGCUACUCAUAGUUGGGCUUCUCGUGAUCGACCUGUUGGAGACCCCUGGUUUAAAAAAGAUGUGGUAAAGUUUAAGGUAAUGACAUAAACAUAUCAUUCUAUUUAACAUUAUCGCACAAAUUCUGGCAAUUUAUCAUGAUCUGGAUUUAUUCUCCAUAUCGCCCAGCUCUACAUGCAUGUACGUAAAGGUUAAGGCGAUGAUUAAUUAAAUGCUUCACCUGUUCAUUAGUGAUCAGAACCACAGGCAUCUGUCCCCGUGGUGUGUUCCCCAGCCUCUGCAUGUUGAGAACAUCUGAGAGUAGCUGAACUCUGAGUUGGGCCGUAUCCACAAAGCGUCUCAGAGAAGGAGUGCUGAGUGUAUAGGGUCUGUCUAUACAAUCUUAUUCGUUAUGAACUAAAAUGUUAAAAUGAUCUUAGAUCAGCACUCCUACCCAGAGAUGGAUACGGACCCAGUUGUCUAGAGACAGAGGCAAGGGACUACAUCUGGUGUAGAGCCACAAUGUAAUAUACAGAUCAAGUCAAUUGUAACCUACAUAACUCAUCUGGGGAGAUAUUGGACAAUGAGGAAGAAUAAAAUGAAAUAUGUUUGUUGCAGCAAAUGUCAUACCUCCAAACAUACACAAAUGUUGCUACUUUUACAACUCAACACAGUAUUGCGUUUUUAAAAGUUUGUUCAGAUAUAACCAAUGUCUGAGAAAGAGUUGUAUCUCAAAGCCAAACAUUCCCUUUAGGUUUGGAUGCUUUGGCGCAAUCGUUUUUCAGUUUCAGUUUGUCCCCAACAUGUCGUCACCGCCUUCACCCUAGGAACCUCCUCCAACCUUCCCCUCUCACUCUUUGGGUGCCACCUCUGAAGGCAGUGGAAGCUCACAGCAUGAAUGUGUUGUACAGUAAAUCUCCCAGCAGUGUUGUUGAAGAAUAAACUUUUG